UGGUUAUUGCAGUUUGCAUCACUUCCUCUUAUUUUGGUCUCCCCUUUCUAUGAUGUUUGCUUUAUUUAUUUUGAACAAUGAUGCUUACUCAAACAUUAGUUCGGUUUUAUGAUGUUGGCUUCUGCACGCUACAUUUCUUACCUCAACUUCCCCGCCCAAAACCGUAGUUCAAAAGCCAUCACUUAUCAAAUUGUGCAGCUCCAAGACUAUUACCAUACCAAUGAACACCAGCCGUUUGAUGAAAUUCCUCACAGAGACAUCUACUCGCUCAACUCACAGCUCGCCCGUUUCUCUCGGCGAGGAAGCUUUCUUUCAACAUGGGAUCUAUUUUAUGACAUGCAUUCUUCUGCUUCCGUUAACCUCGACGCUUACACGUUCACACCAGUUCUCACUGCCUGCUCUGCUUUGCCUAAUGCAGAACGUGGCAAGCAAGUGCAUGCUCUUAUGGUUAAAAUUGGUACUCACUUGGGAACUAUUACCAAAACUGCUCUUAUUGAUAUGUACUCCAAGUAUGGUUACUUGGAUGACUCGGUUAAGGCCUUUGAAGAAGUUGAAUUCCAUGAUGUUGUCACUUGGAAUUCUUUGCUUUCCAGUUUCUUACGCCAUGGUCUUGCAAAUGAAGCCCUUUGCGUUUUCCGAGCUAUGAGGAGGGGAAAUGUGGAGUUUACCGAGUUUACGCUGUGUUCGGUGCUUAAGGCUUGCGCGUCGGUUAAGGCAUUUCUACAGGGUAAACAGGUUCACGGUUUAGUGGUCGUGAUAGGCCGUGAUUUGGUUGUUUUGGGUACUGCUCUUAUCGAUUUUUACAGUAGCUUGGGACGUGUCGAUGAAGCAUUGAAAGUGUACACUAGUUUGAGUUCCAGAAAGGAUUAUGUUAUGUGCAAUUCUCUGAUUGCUGGGUGUAUUCAGAAUAACCGAUACAGAGAAGCAUUCUCAAUGAUGAGAUCAAUAAGACCUAAUGUAGUUUCACUCACUAGUGCUCUAAUAGCAUGUUCUGAGAAUUCUGAUCUGUGGAUGGGGAGACAGAUUCACUGCAUUGCGAUACGUUUUGGGUUUAUGUCAGAUACUCAAUUGUGCAACAAACUAAUAGAUACAUACGGGAAGUGUGGGAAAAUCACAACUGCUAAGUCAUUGUUUGACCGGAUUUUGCUUAAAGAUUUGGUUUCUUGGACAAGUAUGAUUGAUGCAUAUGGAAGGGCUGGACAUGGACAUGAAGGUCUUGAGCUGUUCAAGAAAAUGGGAGAGUCAGGAAAUUCGGUAUCACCCAACUCUGUGACAUUCCUUGCUGUUCUAUCAGCUUGUGGGCAUUCAGGAUUAGUGGAAGAAAGCUGGAAACUUUUCCAUUUGAUGAGAGCGAAAUACGGUAUAGAACCGGGAGUUGAGCAUUAUUCUUGCUUCAUCGAUAGCUUAGGCCGGGCUGGGAAAAUAGAAGAUGCGUGGUGUGUGUUCCACGAUAUGGAGAAAAAAGGCGUUAAGCCUACUUCUGCAAUAUGGGCAGCGCUGCUGAAUGCUUGCAGUGCUAAUGUAGAUGUUUCAGGGGGUGCGUUUGCUGCAAAGAAACUCUUGGAGUUGGAACCAACGAAUGCUGGGAAUUAUGUUAUGCUUUCGAAAUUCUAUGCAUCAAUUGGAAGGUGGGAUUCUGUUGAUAGCUUGAGAAGGCAGAUGAGUGAUAAUGCUUUGAUUAAGGAGGUAGGGAGUAGUUGGGUUACUGCAGCAUAGUUAUGCCAAAUUGGUAUAUGAGUGCCAAAUUAAGUAGUAAUUCAAUAUUGAGAUAAUUAUUUCUAAUACAAUAAUAUGACAACAUGUGAAGCAAUUAA